AGCAUAUGAUACAGAAACAAUGUCAUCAAAUAAACCUUCCUCUAAUGGCCCUACAACACAAAACGUGUCGAACAUACCUACGCCAAACGUCGCUAACGAUACGCACACUCAAGCAGUGUAUGGUACAGAAUCAAUGUCACCAAACAAACUUCCCUAUAAUGGUCUUACAACACCUGACUCCGCCUCUCUGCCAAGCACUAAACCAACAUACUCUUUUGCAGGAGACGAACCUACACCAGUUAAUGGCAUAAAACCAAAACCCAGGUGCAGCCAGUGCUUUAGCACCUUCCUGACGGAAAGAGCAUACACCAAACAUAUGACUACAUACCACAGCCAGACAAAGCCACAUAUCUGCGGCUUUUGUGGAAAGGGAUUUCAUGACAAGUUUGACCUGAAGAGGCACUACCGAACACACACAGGUGUCAGACCGUACAAGUGCAGCCAGUGUGCACGUUCUUUCACUCAGCGCUGCUCCCUUGAGACACACGUCAACAAAGUGCACGAGAUGCCACUCGCCUUCACAUUCAAGGAGCGGCGAGAAAAGAUAUACGUAUGCGAGGAUUGCGGACAUUCUGUGAAGGACGCGUUUGAGCAUUACCUCCACAUGUGGGUCGCGCACUCGCGACUGGCCAUGCCCAAGCGUCUUCGACAGAAAGUGCUACACAGGAUAAAGUACAUCCUAAAGGCUCAAAAUGGCGGUGAUAAAAAUGAAGAGGAACUUUUGGCAGACACCAAAGUUGUCACUCAGUCAAUUUGUCAAGUGAAGAUUUUAUCAUUUGGAAAGUAAUAGUCCUUUGGAAUCGUUGGAUAUGAUUCAUGGUGAAUGUAUUUCGUAGAUACCUAGGCUGCAUUGAUUUAUUCAGUACUAAAGUCAAAGUUUGUGGGCAUUUUACUCAGUUUUCAGCUUCGAUAAAAACUUGAUUCUUUACGAAACGGGACUAAUGCUUCAUAAAACGGCUUAUAAUUGAAACUUGAAGUAUACUAAAUUUGUUUUAUGGGGAUACAAAGACCGCAACAGAGUCCUUCGCGCUUUCGAGAUUCCUCGUCUUCGACGAGCCAGCACAUCGCAGCAGUCCGCGGACGCCGACAUGUCUAGACCGUGCAUCACAGUUCGCACGGGCAUCCCGGCGGCGAUGAAGCGUUAGCAUAGUCGUCCAGCACAGAUCGCAUACACCCUCCGAUUUGGACAAAACCUGAUGACGCGUACUAAAGUUUCAAACAAAAAUGUAAUUCUCCAAACCAUUAUUGAUCUAGGGACGUUAACUGGAACACUUCGGAAAAAACCUACAUCUUUGCAUUUCUCUGGAAGUGGUAACUAUCUUUAAUAUUAAUUAAUUGAUAUGUUAUUACUUCACUUUGUAAAUGCUUCAGACCACAACAGUAGCCAUUAGAAAUAAAUUAUAUUCGGAUAUGAGUUAUAUUAUUUCUGUUCUUAUCUUUUAACUUCUUAGUAUGUAUUAAUAUAAAUGCUGUAUCAGAAUUGUGAAGAAAGAAUGUUUCUCAUCUUUUAAAUGAUUACACUUAAUCUGAAGAAAAAAAUUGAAAAUAAAAAACAAAACAAUUAGUAUUAUUGGACACAUGAAUUAAUUCUAACAACUUGAGGAUAAUUAUUAUCCCAUUUCCCUACAAUUCCUUUGCUAUUUAUUGUCUUGGUCUCUGUAACCUUUCACAAAAAGGCAUUAUGUGUGGUAUUGAUCACAAUUGUUCUCUUUUUACGC